AAACAUUUCUGCAGAUUAAACAAAUACUGGUUUGCGUCGCUAAAUCAAGUACACCCAACAGUUCCUCCCCUACAAUUGGCGGAUGUGAGUGACGUCACCGAAUCGCGCCAAAACAAGAUCAGAACAAUUGGUGAGAAAGAGUUGGGCUUGAAGGGAUUCUGAAGAAAUGAAUAGCCGACUCCAGGAGAUCCGUGCUCGGCAGACGCUGCGCCGGAAACUCCUAGCCCAGCAACUGGGAGCUGAAAGUGCUGACAGUAUUGGAGCUGUGCUUAACAGCAAGGAUGAGCAAAGGGAAAUCGCUGAAACAAGAGAAACUAGCCGUGCUUCAUAUGACACAUCAGCAACAGUUUCCAAACGCAAAAUGCCUGAAGAAGGGGAAGCAGAUGAAGAGGUGAUUGAGGAAUGUAAGGAUGCAGUGGAACCACAGAAAGAGGAGGAAAACCUUCCUUAUCGGGAAGAAAUUUAUAAAGACUCAAGCACUUUUCUAAAGGGAACUCAAAGCUUGAAUCCUCAUAAUGAUUACUGCCAGCAUUUUGUUGACACAGGACACAGGCCACAAAACUUUAUCAGAGAUGUUGGAUUAGCAGACCGAUUUGAAGAAUAUCCUAAACUUCGGGAAUUAAUCAGACUAAAGGAUGAGUUAAUAUCUAAAUCCAAUACUCCUCCCAUGUACUUACAAGCAGACCUGGAGAGCUUUGAUCUCAGAGAGCUGAAGAGUGAGUUUGACGUGAUCCUGCUUGAACCCCCACUGGAGGAAUAUUUCAGGGAGACUGGAAUUGCAGCUAAUGAAAAGUGGUGGACAUGGGAAGAUAUCAUGAAAUUGGAUAUAGAAGGCAUUGCAGGCUCCAGGGCGUUUGUUUUCCUUUGGUGCGGCUCUGGAGAGGGCCUGGAUUUCGGCAGAAUGUGCUUGCGCAAAUGGGGUUUUAGAAGAUCAGAAGACAUUUGUUGGAUUAAAACAAACAAGGACAAUCCUGGAAAAACAAAGACUUUAGACCCAAAGGCAAUCUUCCAGAGGACAAAGGAGCACUGCCUUAUGGGUAUCAAGGGAACAGUUCAUCGCAGCACAGAUGGAGAUUUCAUCCAUGCAAAUGUUGACAUUGAUCUCAUCAUCACAGAGGAGCCUGAAAUUGGAAACAUUGAAAAGCCAGUGGAGAUUUUUCACAUUAUUGAGCAUUUCUGCCUUGGAAGGAGACGGUUACACCUCUUUGGAAGGGAUAGCACUAUAAGGCCAGGUUGGCUCACUGUUGGACCUACUCUUACCAACAGCAACUUUAAUUCAGAGACUUACGCUUCAUACUUCAACACUCCAAACUCGCCUCUUACUGGAUGCACAGAGGAGAUUGAAAGACUGCGUCCCAAAACACCGCCACCUAAGUCAGACCGUGGAUUUGGGGCAUCGAGAGGAGGAGGCCGAGGCGGACCAUCUGCAGGCCGGGGAGAGAGGGGCAGGGAAAGGAACAGAGGCAGUUUUAGGGGAGACAGAGGGAAUUUCAGAGGACGUGGAGGACCACAUAGGGGUGUCUUUGCCCCCCGCUGAUUAAAUACAAGGACAGGAUUUUUUUAUUUUGCACUUCUUCAUGUGUUUGCUAUUAUUUCAAGGAUAAAUAUUCUUAUUACCCUGAAGAUUGUGCCUCUAUAAUAAAUUAA